UGGACUAUCAUACAGAUUUUAGUAAAGUCAUGGGAAUCCUACAGGGUGAUGAGCUGGAUACAGGCAUUACAAAUGAAAACAAAAAGCAGGACGACACUCUCACACAGACAUAUCCAGCUGAAGAAUGCAAGAGCUCUUUGGACUACAGGAAACAAGAUCAUGAUGAUGAUGUUAUUCUCACUGGAUUUAAUACUGAAAACAGCACUGAUGAUGUUCAAGAGAUUCUACAGGAGAGUCCAAAGGCAAAAACAGAAAUGACACCAGACUACAAAACACAGACAGAACAAGAGAUAGUGAAUGAUUUUGUCGAUGAGGAUGACUUCCUGAAGGCAGCACUGGAUAACAAAUUGCCAAUGAUCAAGAGUUACCUCGCCAGGGGUGCAGACCCAAAUGCAUGUGAUAAUUUUAACCGUACAGCUCUACACAGAGCUUGCUCACAAGGCAAUGUAGAGAUUGUGAAAACGCUGUUGGAGGCUGGCGCUUCAAUAGAAAAUAAGGACAAGCUUCAAGCAACUGAAGUUCACUGGGCUUGUCGUGGUGGAAGCUUGCCUGUGCUAAAAGUACUACUUAACCAUGGGGCAAAACGGGAUUCCAGAGACAAGCUUCGCAGCACUCCCCUACAUGUGGCAGUGAGGACAGGACACUACGAAUGUGCUGAAUAUCUCAUACACUGUGGCGCAGACAUCAAUGCAAAAGACAUGGAGAAUGACACACCACUGCAUGAUGCGGUCAGGCUGAAUCGCUUCAAAUUCAUCCAGCUGCUGCUUCUGCAUGGAGCCGACUUAAAACUCAAGAAUUACGUAAGUACUCUGAACUGUAAUGCUCUCAUACUUUAUCAAGUUGCAGAUGCACAGUAUUAUGUAUACAUUAAUACAGAUGUAACUUUAACACGGGCUUUAUCAAAGUGUCCUGGUCAACCCCAGUUAAGGUGUGCACAGUGCCAUCUUCUGGUGCAUAUACAGAUAUUCCUUUUGCUAUAUAAUUUUAAUGUAAUUAGGCAACAACUCUCCAAAGUCAUUUGUAAUAGCAGUUAAGAUAUUCCACA